UGGGAAAGCUGGUUGCCAAGGGGCUUGUGCAGAAAUGAUUGCACCAGUUGCUCUUCAUCUAGUACCCCAGUCUCAAACCAGGAAAGCACAGAAGACAUGACAACCCAUCAAAGACCAAGGUAACGUCAGCCACUUCAGGCUUUAGGUGUUUAGGCAGUCUAGGGUUUAGGAUUUAGGUGUUCUCCAUCUCCUGGACCGGCGCCGGGAUCCAGAUCAAGCAGGCCUGCAAGUUGGCAAACACACUAGUGCCACGGGGUGGCUUUCUGUGCAAUCCAAGAGAUCAACCCAAAGAAUGGAUCCUUCCCCCCACGCACAUCUUCUGACGCACGAAUCCUCUGUCUGACCAUCCAUUCCCCUAGCCAGAGACUUCAUGCUCCCCUUUCUUCUCUCAAAGGCAUCAGGGUUUGGAAUGCCCUGUAAAUGGCUGAUAAAUCUCCACACCAUGAUUGUGACACAUGUUGGUCUUCGCACAUCUUGUUAAUUCUGCUGGCCUGCCAUGUCCUCUCUCGCAUAGAUUCUCCCCUCAAGUUCCGCUCACAGGACACUUGGCCCCUCCAGAAUGCACAUGUCACAUGUCUCAAGACAUGCCAGAUCCUGGAUUUAAGAAACUGAUGUCUCACAAUUCAACUGGAGUUUGUGUCCGAUUUUGCGGGUGAUUUCGGGGAGGGGGCCUUCUGAGACUACUUUUUGUCUUCAAAACACCAAAGAAAGUGAGUGUGGGAGCAACCAUACACUGCACCGGCAACCAUACACUGCACUGCAUCGGUGGUAGACCGAUCUUCCGAGGUCCAACUGGACCGAUCUUCCGAUCCCUCUGCUGUCCAUUCCUUCCCGGUGGCCGACUCACUCAUUCCCUUUUUCCCCGGACAACUGGAUGUUGUUCAGUCAUUUCUUAGCGUCCGUUCAGAACUCGCCGUGAAGGAACACGUGCCCCAAUUCCCAUGCAUCACGUGCCCCAAUGCGGAAGGGUGGGUCUGUUGAGGAUUGUUGGAGGGUCAUUGGUCAGCGCCCCAAGAUAGUUCUGCAUUGCGCGCUCACUUUCGCACAAGCACAUUGCACUUGUCUUCUGAAUCAUUAGAAGAACUCAACUAGUCCUUGACCUUUGUCAGGGUGCUGCAACAAAGUCUCAAAAAAUCCUGACCUAGCUUCGUUGCACAAGCAGCCACACAUCGAAAAAUUGGAAAAGGCAGCGGUGGAUGUUGCAUCCGCUAUCUUUCACUCUCUCAGCAGUGAGAAGCAUCCGUAGUUCCAAGCGCGGCAACCCAGCCAGCAGUCGUGGCCAGCGCUUCCCACGGCCGUGGCCAUCCUCGUCUCUGCUGCGGCGUUCGGUCUCCGGGGCCCUUUGCUUGUAGCAUGACAAAGAGUGAACGCCAGGACUCCCGCUUCGGAACCCCGGAGGGCCCAGGAGUCCUUGUGCAAGUACUUCCGCGCAAGCGCAACUUGCUUGAUUCUCGGAAUCUUCAGGUUAAAACUGAACUAUUCAUCAUAGUCCCAAUACAUCUUGGCCUAUGCAAAUUUCGACAAGCAUUGCAGGUUGGCAAGCCUCAUUUCAAAAGCAGCUGUAUGCUGGUGAAAGGCAGAAGUGCAUGUUGCAUCCACUGUGCUUCACAUGUACCUGCCAAAGGCUGUGGGAUCAUAAGAACCCCAGAACAAAGCGGCUGUGCCAGUGGCUCAGCAUUGCGUCGCUUCCUCAUCGUUCGCUCAGCUGGCUCAGCUACUCAUGUAGACAUAGAGCCUGGCAGUCCACAAGGGCACAACAUGAAAGUGAAGGAAUUGUCUUUGCAAAUGACACCUUCGCACCGAGGCUCGCCGAGGCCCGCUUGGUCCUUCUGCGUGGUCAUUCUGUCCGAAGUCGAACAAAACCCAGAGUCCGCCCAGCCCAAGUCCGCAAGUAACAUCUGACAUCUGACAUCUGACAUACAUGAAUCAAAUGGUUUAUUCAAGUGGUUCAUCUAACAAUACAUCAGGUCCACCUUUCAUCAUGAAUCAUGCAUAGUACUUCACUCGACAUCGCAUCGUACAUGUCACUCGUGUGGACUGGACUUCUCAUUCUCCCAGUGCCAAGUCUCUUGGCGCCUGCCCUGUACCCAGUCUUUUGGACCAGUCUGCCAAGUCUCGGCCUGACCACAGCAGAACACGUGGGAUGGUGAAAGGAUAGAAGUUGGCCCAGCGAGUCCAGCUGCACCAACAUCCAUCUGGUAGAGACGGCCAUUCCGUGAGGACAUAGCAUGACAAAGCAUGACACAACCUGUGAAGCACAUGGCUUUUCACAACGUUUGAUGGGCAACGUGGUUUAGGACAUGUCUGCCCUGCGUGAUCUCCUCUUCGGAACCCCGGAGGGCCAGGAGUUCGCGAGCAGCAUCUGACAUCUAACAUGCAUGAAUCAUGCGUGGUGAAUCAGUUUUCUUCCAGUGUUAAACCCUGUAGAAGCUCUCAACCACUCCUCCCAUGCCAUGUCGCACACCUCUAAGUAGGUUUGACUCCUGCUUGACUUGUACCAAGUCUCUUCGCCAGACCCCUGAGGGCAAGGCACAUGCGUGUAAGCUCUGCUCAUACAGCCCUGCAUAUCACUUUUUUGUAAGCAUCUCGCACCCAACGUAGUUCCUGCUUCGUGCAUGCAAUGUUCGCGCAAGCACAAUCCACUUGGUCCUCUAAAUCAUCAGGUGAAAACUGAAAUGUUUCUUCACCUUUGUCAAAGUGGAGUCAAAAAUUCUACAAGAUUCUACGACAUCCCUUUCUCUCGCACACCCGAAUGGCCCUUACCAGCUUCCAAUUCCAAAGCAGCCAGAAAGCCUUCGGAAACGUGGAAGGCAGGGUUGAAGGUUGCAUAUGUACAAGCGCCAGGAAGCGUUGCCACAAGCUGUGAGCUUGAACAUAGAGCGUAGAAAAGCACCAGUGGUGAACAAAGGACUUCCUGAUCAAGCUCAGCUAAAGCUUGCCCUAGGCAUCUAGCGCAAGCAGCCAGCACAACAAGCCGCUUUGUAGAAGUAUUGCUCGGAAUGUCGAGCAAAUGGCUUUCCACAACGUUUGAUGGGCAACGUGGAGUCUCUUCGCCAGACCCCUGAGGGCCAGGCACAUGCGCGUAAGCUCUGCUCAUACAGCCCUGCAUAUGACUUUUUUGUAAGCAUCUCGCACCCAACGUAGUUCCUGCUUUGUGCAUGCAAUGUUCGUGCAAGCACAAUCCACUUGGUCCUCUAAAUCAUGGGGUGAAAACUACACCAUUUCUUCACCUUCUUCAAGGUGGAGUCGAAAGUUCUACGAGAUUCUACGACAUCCCUUUCUCUCGCGCACCUGAAUGGCCCUCACCAGCUUCCAAUUCGGAAGCAGCCAGAAAGCCUUCAGAAACGUGGAAGGCAGGGUUAAAGGUUGCAUAUGUACAAGUGCCGGAAAGUGUUGCCACAAGCUGUGAGCUUCAAGCAGCUUGAACAUAGAGCUAAGAAAAGCACCAGCGGUGAACAAAGAAAACAAAGGACUUCCUGAUCAAGCUCAGCCAAAGCAUGCCCUAGGCAUCCAGCGCCAGCAGCCAGCACAAGAAGCCACGUUGUAGAAGUGGAGCCGGGCAGUCCGCAAGGACACAGCAUGACAAAGCAUGAAGCAAUUUGUGGAGCAAAUGGCUCACAAAGUUCGCAACAAGAUUCAGGACAUGUCUGCCCUAACGGCACUCCUCUUCGGAACCCCGGAGGGCUAGGAGUCUGCGGGCAUCUAACAUCUGACAUGCAUGAAUCAUGAAUCAUGGAGUACCUCACGUGACAUGACAUGUACUGAGCCCUGUAGUACUCAGCCCCUCCUCCGAUGCCAUGAAGCCACAUGUAGGUGUCAACUCCCGCUUGACUUGUACCAAGUCUCUUCACCAAGCCCCUCAGGGUGCUCGGAAACAUGAGUGUACGCUCUGCUCCUGGCGCCCUGCAUGUGACUCUUUUGUAAGCAUCUCGCACCCAACGUAGUUUCUGCUCCGCGCAUGCAAUGUUCUUGCAAGCACAAUUUACUUGGCCAUCUCUUCACCUUCUUCAAGGUGGAGUCAAAAAUUCUACAAGAUUCUACGACAUCCCUUUCUCUCGCACACCCGAAUGGCCCUUACCAGCUUCCAAUUCCGAAGCAGCCACAAAGCCCUCAGAAACGUGGAAGGCAGGGUUGAAGGUUGCAUAUGUACACGCGCCAGGAAGCGUUGCCACAAGCUGUGAGCUUGAACAUAGAGCGUAGAAAAGCACCAGUGGUGAACCAAGGACUUCCUGAUCAAGCUCAGCUAAAGCUUGCCCUAGGCAUCUAGCGCCAGCAGCCAGCACAACAAGCCGCUUUGUAGAAGUAUUGCUCGGAAUGUCGAGCAAAUGGCUUUUCACAACCUUUGAUGGGCAAGGUGGUUUAGGACAUGUCUGCCCUGCGUGAUCUCCUCUUCGGAACCCCGUUUUACGACAUCCCAGCUUCCCAUUCGGAAGCAGCCAGAAAGCCUUCAGAAACGUGGAAGGCAGGGUUAAAGGUUGCAUAUGUACAAGUGCCGGAAAGUGUUGCCACAAGCUGUGAGCUUCAAGCAGCUUGAACAUAGAGCUAAGAAAAGCACCAGCGGUGAACAAAGGAAACAAAGGACUUCCUGAUCAAGCUCAACCAAAGCAUGCCCUAGGCAUCCAGCGCCAGCAGCCAGCACAAGAAGCCACGUUGUAGAAGUGGAGCCGGGCAGUCCGCAAGGACACAGCAUGACAAAGCAUGAAGCAAUUUGUGGAGCAAAUGGCUCACAAAGUUCGCAACAAGAUUCAGGACAUGUCUGCCCUAACGGCACUCCUCUUCGGAACCCCGGAGGGCUAGGAGUCCGCGGGCAUCUAACAUCUGACAUGCAUGAAUCAUGAAUCAUGGAGUACCUAAACCGUGACAUGACAUGUACUGAGCCCUGUAGUACUCAGCCCCUCCUCCGAUGCCAUGAAGCCACAUGUAGGUGUCAACUCCCGCUUGACUUAAGCCCCUCAGGGUGCUCGGAAACAUGAGUGUACGCUCUGCUCCUGGCGCCCUGCAUGUGACUUUGCUGAAAACUGAACCAUUUCUUCACCUUUUUCGUGGAGUCGAAAGUUCUACGACAUCCCUUUCUCUCAUUCUGCACUGUACAAGCUGCUGCUAGACUGUAUGCUGCAAAAUGCUUUGCCUGAACACCAAAGCAUAGACAAAGGGUAGGCAGUGAAUGGCUGCAAACGGUCUGGUCAAGCACAGCUUCGGCUUGCCAGAAGAAUCCAGUCCAAGCAGUCAGCAUCCAAUCACACGCAUGUGAUAGAAGUAGAGCUCGGCAGUCCGCCAGGACAUGGCAUGGCAAAGCAUGAUGCAAUUUGUAGAUCAAAUGGUAACGUCUGACAAGCUGGAUUGCUUCGACUGGUGGCAGGUCUCUUCCGUGGACAUGCCAACCUGGGGGCCCUGUUGGCGCCGUAAGCGAACUUGUAGCAUGCGUGUGCAACUCGAAUCAUCCAGGUUGGUCUCAAUGGGUUCGUGCGGGUCUUGUCUCACUAGACACACCGACACAUGUCCGCGAGACACACGCACACACCAACGGUGCGGCAAGCAGCAAAAAGCAAGCUACCCUCAAACCUGCCCGAGGCCAUCCAUGGUUGAGACCGCGCGCUGCACCCGUCCUUUGGGCAAAUUCUAGCCUCCCAAAGAGGGGCCGUCUGAGACAUGUCCCAGUGCACCAGGUCUUGCCCCAGGUCUUCUCAGGUGAAUGGGACCACAAGAUAGAAACAUGUUGGCCAUUUGCAAAUCAAUUUGACGGGAUCUUCGACCCCUGCAGUCUGAGGUCUUUGUCUCCAGACAGUCUGAAGUCAGAGUCAUGAUUCUUCGCAGCUCUCCCGGAGGCCUCAAAGGUGCAAGUCUUCCAAUCUACCGGAGUUUCCUAAAAAGAUCAUCAGGGGACCAGAUCAAGUGUUUCAAAGUUUGGUUGAUUUCUCCAUCAACUGGGCCUCUCAUGAGUGAGCCGCAUUCAAAUGACAUCAAAUCAAGUGAGAUGUGAACCUUACAACUCCUCCAAAACUCCAUCCUAUUGUUGCCACACCAGCACUGAGCCAGGACUCAUCCAAAUCCACUCCAGCCAUUUGGGUACCACAUCCACGCCGUGCCAAAGCCACCACAGCCAAAGCCACCGUGCCCGUCGUCGCUCCUUGAGGUCCAUGAGAGCUCCGGCGGAGUCCAACGCGGCUCGAGCUCCCCCCGUGGCGCGGGACACGCAACCGCGCUGCUCCCCUUGUGAAGCUCGCCUCUCGAAGUGGUCCUGGUGAAGAAGUUCCAUCAGCCCAGAGAUUUGUGAAAAGGAUCAGCAAAAUCCUCAUUGAGAAAUGAUCCCAUUCUCAGAGAUCUUCGCCUGACACGCAGACGGCGGCUGUGAGAGUAAUGGCUUGGGUUGAUGAGUCUGUGGGAAUAACACCAACCGUGGCUGGUUGGUUCCUUUAGAAUCCGUAUCUCUGCACUCUGCACCUAUAUAUAUAUAUAUAUGUUUCCUGGUCCUGCAGUGCAUGAAAUAUUGCAUGUGAUAUUAAGUAUACACAUGUCACGUCUUGCAAGUACAAGCAGCUGCAGCUUCUGUACAUCAAGUCUUGCUCCGAGGUCCUCCUCCACGACCGGGUCCCCCCCCGUGGUGGGGCAACCGAUGUGGGGAGCAUCUGAAGACCGUUGAGCGAAUUAGAGCCAGGUUCAUGAGGAGGGAAUUCUGGAUGCAUUUGCUAAUACAUAUACAGCAUAUUAUU